CUCGUCGCUAACAGGAACGAGCAGAAACUACUUCCGGGUCAAGACGGCAACCUGGUAUCCACGUGAAGUAUCAGAGGUUGCAAAGUGCCAUGGACGUGUUAUCUCACUCAUGAACACUGACAGCACGUCCACGUACACCACCGGGACGCUGUGUUCAUUGUAUGUUGCAGACGGAUUAUGAUGAGGAGGUGAUCUUUGUUGCUGAAAAGUCUGCACCUAAAUUCAUUAAUAUCACCUUUGACCAGACAAAGCGACUGGCUCUGCAAAGAGACAUUGAUCAGCAGUCCCAGCCUAAACAGGUAGCCAAACCCUUGACAGGCCAAACAUCUGUUUCUGUAGAGAAACCAGUGGAAAGGGUUAAAAUGAAGAUGGAGGAAGAGAAGAGUGAGGAGAAUUUUGUGAAGAAGAAACUCAAGAAAGGACAAGCCUCUCUGCCUAGAGCUGAUGAUGCUGUUGACAAUGAGAGCCUUGCAGGGAUGAAGAAAGAAAAGAAGAAGAGUAAAAAAGUUGAUUCAGUGGUUAUAGAUAUAGAAGACGAGUCUCGGGAUGGAGGUGGUGAAAAGGAAGAGAAUAAGAAAAAGAAGAGGAAAUUUGUCACAGAGUCUUCGAAUGAUGCCAAUGGUUCUGAUAUCAAGAAUGAAAAUGACAACGACGUUAUCAAAAAGAAGAAGAAGAAGAAGCAGCAGCUGGCUGAAGAUGAGAAUCAAGUGGAAACUGAACAGAGUUCAGUAAAGGAAGAAGAUGUGGAAAAGAAACAGAAGAAGAAGGAGAAAGUAAAAACAAAGUCUGUACAAACUAAACCCGAACAUGUAAAGAUAGAGAAAGAGGAGGAAGAACAGCAAGCUGGAAAGGAUAAACUGCCAAAGAAAGACAAGAAGGGAAAAAACAACAUUUUAGUUCUAAGCACAGAGGAGACUGAGGAGCAUUUUAAAGAGAAGAAGAAGAAGAAGAAGAAGAAGAAGAAGGAAACUGCUGAAGCUAUGGAUGGCGUGAGUGUAACAAAAAAUAAAAAUAAAGCUAAAACAAAAGUGGCUGAGAAUAAAGUGAAGCUAGAAACACCAGAGGGAGAGAUGAGUGAGGAAGUAAAAGUGAAAAAGAAGAAAACGAAAGAAACUAAAACUGUAGAAGAUGGAAACGCAGCAGGAACAGGAGACAGUACGCUCAACAGCAAGAAAAAAGGAAAAAAAGAAAAGAGUAAAAUAGUUUCUAUGGAGGUCGGCGAAGUAGAGACAGAGCCAAAGAAGAAGAAAAGGAAAAAGGGAAAGUCAAAGGGAGAGGAGGAAGAAUGUGAAGAAGCUGAGGAGCAGAGUAAGGAAACUGUCAUCACAGUACCUGGGGACACAACGAACAAGAAAAGGAAGAAGAUUUCCAUUAAGGUGGAAACACAGGUGGAGAAUGUGAGUUUUGAAACUGGUGCAAAAAAGAAGAGGAAGAAGAAGAUUAAAGAAGAGGUGGAAGACCAGCAUGAGUCACCCCAGGUGGACGUGGUGUUCCUGUCAGAGAAAUCUGGAAACACUGAUGAGGUCACCAUCAACCAGGAAAGAAGACAGGCUUUACAAAUGGAGAUUGACCAGGCCUCUCAACCUAAAAAAACAACCAAACCUCUGGGUUUCGGCCAGUGGAGCACCGCCCAGUUCGACAACUCUGACCAGCAGCAGAAGUUCCUCCGGCUGAUGGGCGGCUUCAAAAAGGGUUUCCAGCCGGCUGCGGGGAGCACUGGAGGAGCAAACAUGGCACUGGGGAAGGAUGCACAGCAGCAGUUGCAGCAAGGGCUCAUGGGAGAUUUUGAACGUGCUCAGUCGCGCAGAUUAGACUUCAGUAACAGAGGCGCAGGACUCGGAUUCAGUGCACCAUCCAAUAAGAAGUUCUCCAUCGACAUCAAUACAUGUCGAUCAGUUCGCUUUGAUGACUGAUCCAAGUGUGUGUGCGUUUGUAGAGAUGUGUGUAUGGUUGGUUAGGUUUUUUUUGUAUGUGCAGUUUUAACUGUAGUAACUCAGGUUCACAAGACUAUUAUUCUGACUUGUAUAUAGGUCAGUAUUAGAGAUUGAACGGACAACACAUUUGUACAUAUUGUAUAUUAAACAUCCUUCUGCUUGAGGAGCUGGACUGAGAGAGAUUGUAAUUAUUGUGUGAUUUCAGUAGGUCAUUGUUCUGCAGGAUUUUCAGUCCCACUGUGUGAGCUAACACAUCCACUGUAUGUUUCAGAUCCAGAGUGAGAACAUGACAAGAACACUUUUCUGAAACUGUUUUCUUAAAUUCUUUAGAAUUUUUUAUCCUGUUACUUUCAGUGACCAUAACCAUAAGAUGCAGUGUUAGGUGACACACUGAUUUUACCCAUACUGUUGUCCUCCCACACAUUCAAGUAUGUUUCAUGACAGAUGAUAGUAAGGAUGUUAAGCAGUGUGUGGAGAGAAAGAAUACUGGCAGCAUUUUUGUGUUUGAGGUAAUUUGAUCAUAAGGCGAUUUCCCUCCAGUCCAAUAGAUGAGCAGCUAAAAUUGAAACACACUUAAACCUUCAUUACUGAAAACAAAAGCACAUCCCUUAAAUUAAUAAAGAGGAAACAUGA